UGAAAACACGGAUGAACAAUGAAAUGGAAUUGAUUUAAAUACAGAAAACAUAAAAUUUUCCAGAAGAAAUCAUUUCCACAGUCAUGGAAUGUAAUUGAAACGCAAAAAUUCUCUAAACAGCCACCAGAACAAUGAAACGGCAGUGAUUAUAGACAAAAACAUGGAGAUUUCCUUCAUAAACUGAUUUCCUCAUCCAUGGAAUGUUAUUGAAACGGCCCAAUUCCCAGCUGCGGCAGAAACCUAUGGAAUGGUGGUACUGCGGGCCCCUGGUGCUGGCCAUCAUUAUGUUCCUGCUCGUUGGCACCAUCUGUGAGCGACGCAUCGAGGCGGCCAUCCGACGCAUUAGUACUCGAACGCAGGAGAGCAUUGCUCCCCCCACUGCCCCCGCCAGUUGAAUACGAAGACGUAUCGUGUUCCACCACAGACCUGCCCCAAGAAUCAACUCCUCCGCCCAUGAUGACGCCCUCCCAGAGAACCCUUAGGGCCAGCAAAACUGACACACUGCUCGUCAAUGACCACAGGCUAGAUGUACCGAUACAGAGUAAAAAACUGGUCGUGGAUACGGCAUGUUAACCGCCUGUGUUAAUGUUAGCCACCAGAAGGAUAUCCAUAUAAAAGCUAAAGAAUGGACAUGGUUGAAGACAUUUGAUUUAACGCUGCGAAUCUGUCUCUGAGCACAUUAAGCAUAUUAUGACAAAAUUGCUAAUUAUUAACCGAUAUUCCAUACACAUCGGACAUAAAUAUACAAGACAAGAGAAAUAAAGAAAAAUACAUUUUCGAAUCAUAACGGAACUUUGAAGGCACAGAUGCUAACAAAAGCUAGCUUCAAAUACUGAAUUUUCCCGUUUUCUUUUGCUCUAAUUUCCAUCAAUUUUAACCUGUUACACUUUCAUCAUGACGCGGAAACCAAAGCAAUUUUCAGUGCGUGUUUUGUUAAUAGUUUUCCUUCUCACGUACCUUCCUAUAAUGAAUCGAGAUAAAAUAAAUAAUUGAACAAGA